UCUCCUGCCUUGGCUUCCCAAAAAUGUUGGGAUCACAGGUGUGAGCCACUGCACCUGGCCAAGAUUCUGCAUUUUUAACAAAUAAUUUCCAUGUUGCUGGUCUGUGAACUUUGAGUAGCAAUGAGCUAGAUAACCUUCCAAACCUUAUUACUGUGUUUCAGGAUUUUUUUUUUUUUUUUUUUUUUGUGCUAGUGAAAGCAGGCUUUUGGUGUCACACAGAUACUCAUUUAAAGUGUCUGUUUCUCUACAGUCUGAUGUAUUUUUGAUAUUUUAAUAGAAAUUUCUGGAUUUUUAAAGGAAAAUCUGUUGUGUAUAGAUUGAUUGAUUUUUCUGUGUUUAUGUGGUUUUUUGCUUAAAAUCAUCCUUCAAAGUUUUAAAAAUAGCCUUGACAACUAUUAGACUGUCAGUGGCAACUUUCAGAGUUUACAUUUAAUAAGGAAUGUCUAAUUGUUUAUUUCUGACAAAAUUGUAAUUGAUACUGCCUUUGGUUAUUUUUGAAGGAUAUUGUUUGAAGUUAGACAUUAAGGUAGUAUAAAACUGUAAUAGUAAACUUAAUCUUUUGUUUGACCCUGGAUGUUUCAGUUGGUAUAACUACCGCUUUUUGUUGCUUUUGUUAAAGCUUUAUUAUUAUGAAUUAGUAGCAAUUGUAUACCAGAGAUUAGCCUGUUACUUUAUCUGUAGCACAGGUGAAUUGGAAACCUAAUUUGUGUAAGUGGACAACCAAUAGUAUAGUAUAGAUAGCUCUUUCUUUAGUUAAAUAGUCUAUAUUCAAAAGGAUAUAAAUUGAUUCUGAGGGUACAUUAAUACUUAUAUUUUUUAAGAUAUAUCACAUUAAAUGCUUUCAUAGUCUUGUGCUUUUAUUAAAAAUUGUAUCUAAAUCAUAAAUCUUUAAGAAAGUUCCCAGCAUUACUUAUUUUUGACAAAUAUUAAUUGGUAAUCAACAUUGGCAGACCAUGAUAGUAAAACAUUUUGAGAGAAAAGUAUUAUUUUAUUUUAAAAACUUUAGAAAAAUUUUUAUUCUAAUGAUUAUAUUAGCCCUACAUUAUUUCAUUUAAUAAUUGUCAAUAGUUGAAAUUGCUGAAGAAAUUACAUUAUUACAAAAGUGACUUUAAAAUGUUUAUUAUUAUUUUCCUAUUAAAUAAGUAAGCACUCACCUUGCAGUUAAAGUUUUCACAUAGAAUUUAUGUAAAAUAUUGAUAAAAAAUUUUUUGGACCUGAGAUCCAACAAUUCUCUUUAGAAAUAAACCUCCUUUGUUUCUUCUGGUAGCAUCCAUUGAUUUCUUUUUUCUAAAGGUACACUAAUAGUGCUGAUAGAAGCAGAACAAUUGGAAUUUACAUUAAAAAUAAAUGUGAUGAAUAAAAAGCAAUACAUGGUAAUAUAGAGCUGAUUUUGCUUCACCCGUAAGUUCUAAAAUCUAAAGGACAAAAAUACUGAAAGGUCAAGAAAAAAUGAAAGAAAGAACAAACGAUGCAAAAAGAAAAUGACACUGAGGUCUUGGUUUAAUACAUAUGUAUUUCAGGUUGAUGGUUGAUUUCAUUAGCAAAUCUCAUUGUUAUGCAAUGUCUGUUCUUCUGCAGCAAAAUGAAUAUUGUAUUCUCACAGGCUCUGUGUAUAUCUAUUAUGUUGCAAUAAAUGAAAAUACAUCUGUAUCUGUCUUUGGCUUACUCUUUCCAUUUUGUUUUUAAAGAAAAGAAAGAAAAUGGAAUAACAUUCCUUUCUUUUGUUGUUAAAUUUGUUCGAAAACCAUUUUGAUUUGUAUUAUGGAUAUGUUUCCUACUUUUUUUCUUUGAAGUAAACAAUUACAAGGUAGUUAAUAAGGUAACCAUGAUAAUUAUCCUAUAACUUUCUUAAUGAAUAGAAUUAAUCUUGACUUAAGUUGACAAUAUGAAAUACUUAAGCAUAUGUUUUUUUUAACAUUUUUAAAUAUUAGGAGUGGUUUUCCUUAUUGCAAGAAAGUAUUUUAACGAAGCAUACAUAGUAUGCCAAAUCUAAAGACUACUACCUUUUACAAUAGCAAAAUUAUAUAUUGAGAUUACUAAGAUUUGAAUUUUCAUAAAAUAGGAAGUUCAGAAAUAAAUUUCAGUGGCCAUACAUUGGAAGAAUUCAUUGAAUGGUAAUAAAGUAUUAUGCUGCAUGAAUUUUAUGUAAUGAGUUUAAAUAUGGACCAAAAUGUAUUGGAUGACAAUUGUCAUUUAAUCUUAGUCAUUUUGAGGUUUGACUGUAGCUUACAAAAUCUAUUUGGUUUUUGGUAGUGUUCUCAAAAGUUGUCUCACAAUUGAAAUUAUUUUGACAAGCUUGAAAGCAGAAAAACCCAUGCUUUGAUUAAAUAUGGGUUGAUUGUAUACCAUGCAGAAAUCACUGUGUGGUGAAAAUUUGCCUUCUGGUUCAAUUGAUGCAGUCAUAAUAAAUGUCUAAGUUAUGUUGAACAAACAUGAGCUGUUAUAAAUAUAAAAUACAGCAGUUUAUUAAUACAUCAUAUUAAGUUUAUUUGUACUUAGAGUAUUUGCUACAUGUUGAGCAUUUUGUUAUUCAUGGUGGGUAAUAUAAAAGAAGGAAUUUCAAGAUCUAGUAAAGGAGAUUCCCCAAAUAAUUAUAUAGUAAUAUAUAGCUAAAUUAUGUGGAGAAAGGUUUUAUGGGCCCUUCAAAUAGAGCCUGAGAGAGAGCCAUCCUGGAAGUGAUGAGACCAAAACUGAUAAUGAGGUAGGAGAACAGAUAGGAAACAACAUAAGCAUAAUCUGGGAGGCAGGAGGACAUACAUUUAGGAUCUUUGGGAAGCAGAAAACAGACCAACCCAGUAGUAAGGAAGAUAUGAUUUGCUACAACCUAUUUACCUGACAUAAAAACCAGAAUGCAUCAUUGUUAUAUUUUGUCAGUGUAGAGUCCAGAUAUUAUACCAUGGUAGCACGUGGGUUGACAUCACUGACAGAUCUUGUUUUUUCUUGUAUAAUAAAAUAAGAGAUAGGAAAUUUCCUUUAUAUCAACUUCACUGUAUUUCCCCUCCACCAGUAACAAAAAGUAAAUGCUCUAAAAAUAUGCAAAUAUGAAUCUAAAUUAAUGCCAACUGAAUGUGAAGACAGAGUCAAAUUUAUCUACUAUAGUUAGAAAUACCAAACUGGGCAGGAUCAUGGAAGGAAGAUCACCAAUGAAAAGAGGAACUCUUCUUAGUUAAAAAGAAAGGUCUCUUUUAAUUGUCUGGACCUACCUACCAAUGUUUUAUCUUUUGCCUGAUCCUGGAACCCUGGUUAUCCCAUUUUAUGUACUCAUCUGGAAUAAGAACCUGACUUUAGAAAAUAGAAUAUGAAUUUGGAAUUUGAAAAUGGAAUUUAACAUAAGAUCCUGGGAAUUGUUAGUGUUUGUUUAAAGAUCCAGAUAAGAAUUGCAGAAGACUUCCUAGCAAGUGGCUUAUUUUUGGGAAUCUUUCAUUAUGUUAUCACUCUGGCUCACACUAAGAAAACGUUAUAAAGAAACCAUGUGAAACUUAUUUUAAUUGCUGUAAAGAUUCUAUUGAGAAAACUAUUGUGUGGUCCAGUGUUGCAUUUUUGAAAAUUAUUUUUAAAACUACUCUCAAUUCUAAGUACUAGAGAAUGCUUUGGAGGUUGUAAAUUACAUCUUACAGAGAAUGUGAAUUUUGUAAUUUGAUCUUGUUUCCCACUUUACUUUGAUUGCUAAGGAGCUGAACCACCCACAUCAUAGACUUGUGUAAGACCUUAUGAUAGGUGUUUCUUUGUUCCAGUUUUACCCUGUGUUCUCAUCUUUCUUGUUUCCUCUUAUUUUCUGUUUUUUCAUAUUAGUUUUAAAGACAGCAUUCUGUUCUUCUACUCAUAGUUUUGCAAGUCAUCUUAAAUUAUGUUGGAAUAAGAUGGAAUAUAAUAAGAUGGGAUAUGUUUGCUGCACCUAUUUAUUGUAGCAGAAGGCAAACACAUAAGAAGUAGAAAACUUUCCUCCUCCUCUUGUUUCUCCCUUUGCCUUCCCACUUCAUUUUGCACAUAUUUCUUAAUACGGAGGACUUAUCUCUGUGGUUUCUUGGACUUUCCAGAAGGCAGGGGAAUUAACUGUGAAGCUUUUUGUCUAUGUAGCAUUACUAGGUCCAGUUAAAGAAUGCCUGAGAGGACAAGUAAGGCUGAAAUAUACCCAAGAGAAGGAAACGAUAUAUUUUUCUCAUUUGUCAGCUCUGAGCACAAGUUUUUUUCCAACUGGUAUUUGUUCUUUACCUUUUGACUGAAUUGUAAACUCAUAAUAUCAAAACUUACUGAGUCUUGAUAAAAGCCACCUUGAAUGAAACCAAAUGUCAUAUUUAUUUGCUGUACCUCUUUAUGUUUUCAUUUCAUCAUGCUUUAAAUUUGACACAUAGGAAACUAAGAUAGUCAUAAAACAUUGAAACAAUUGAAAUAAUAAUUUUCUUAUUUAAAAUCUUGUUUUGUUUUGGUGUAUGAAUUACAUAGUUAAAAAUACAUAUGUGGUAGGAAUUACAUCUUAAAUUUUCUAUAAAGGAAAUAAGAACUGUGCUUUGCAUUCCAUGUGACUACUGUGAUAUUUAAAUUAUUAAUGUUAAUGUGACCAAGAAAUUCAGCUGGAAAUGUUAACUUCAUUGUCACAGAAUUUGCUAUUUCAUGUGUCAUUGUAGUAAAGAUGGUGAUUAGUGAUGUUAGCAACUUGAAUUAAUGUGGUUCGAUACUGAAUACAUACCCCUUGACAUGACGUAUUACGUAUAUGUAAUAAGACCUGUUCUGAGAUUCUAUACCCUUGGCUCAGUCUUCUCUCCUGGGUGUUCUUUUUGUUAUUUUAUUAUAAUUCCAUUUUGUUGUAUUUUCUAUUUCGGUACAUUAGAACUUUAUUUUGCAAACUGAAUAGAUACAAACUUAAUUUAAGUAGUAUAAAUUUAAUAUGUUAACGUGAUUAUAUGGUUGUAAAAGGGGUCUUAAGAGUUCUUUGCAUUAAAAUUAAAGCUUAUUGUGUUCAUAAUAGUAGGACAUAGAUACAUAGCCUUAGUAAAUAUAGAAUUUUAAAGAUAAAUGCAAAUUUUGUGGCUUUACAAAAUUAUCUAGAUAUUUUUAAAGCAGUAAAUUAAUGUAUCACUUUGAUGGAGCUGGGUUUUUUGUUUCAUAUCCAUGAUUAAUUUAAGUCAGCCCUCAUCAAACUAUACUGGAAAUUUCAGAGAGCAAAAAAAACAGCAAUUUGGGGGAAAAAAAACUAUGGGCAAAGAAACAUAGUUUUCAAACUAACAAUGUUUUAAAAAAUGCUCACAGGUUAAAUAUUUUAAGUUUUUUUUUCUUUUUGAAAUAUGUGUUUAAAAUAAUGUAGAGAAUAGUUUCCAAUUAUGUAAACUUUCUGAUUCAUAGGAAUUUUUUUUCAAGGACUGACACAUAAAUUAUAAAGCAGUCUUACUUUGCAGGAAGUUGCCCAAAUAAAAAAAUAGUCUUGUGCUUUGACCACAAAAACAAUGAAGUUUGGUCCUUAUUAUAACUAAGAAAUUUCUUUUAUGUACUUUGUUAUGGCAGCUGAAAUUUAAAGACUUUUCUUUAUAUUUAGCAGGCUUUUAAAGCAGUUAUUCUUACUUGUUUUUAAAAAUCUUGUUAGCAUUGCUUUGUUUUUAUAGUUUAUCUGCCAGAAGUGAUUUUUGAAACAUGCUUUUAAACAGUGCCAGUUUUCAAGCAUUCCUAUCAUGUGAGUUUUUGCAUGUGAGGAAUAAACCCUUCUUUAAAAAGGAAGAACCUUUAUUGUCUGUUUGACGUUAAUAAAAUUAAGAAAAGAACGAUUACUUGAGACAUCAACCUUACCUGGCUUAGUUUUAUCACGUGAGCAUUCACGUUUGCUGGUGAUCUAAGUGCUCCACCUGCCUUUCAGUUUGUUUACCAGGAAAUCAAGAUGUGUAAACUGCAGGAAGUACUAUUUGACCCUCUCCGACAGUAUCUCAUUACAAUAAUUGCUAAUCUCUGAAUAAGACAGCCAUGUUUUGUGAGUAACUGAGAGAGAGAGAGAGGUUGUGUUAGGUAGAUUUUAGGUGUUUCAACAAAUAGAGCAUUGUAAAUGCUUACUUGGAUUAUGGUUUCAUGUUAGCUUUUGAUAAAAGACAUAUGCUGACCUUUGGGGUCAGCAAAGCUAGGACACAAUAGUAGGUAUUCUUUCAUGCCUUUUAAGUGAAAAAUAUCACGGCUUGUUGUUUUGGAGUGCUGUCACUGCUCUGAAUCGAAAGGAUAAUGGCUACUUCCUGAUUAAACCCACUCUCCACAAUAUGGAGUCUGGAGAGCGGUUACCAUCCUCCGUAGCCUCCUCUACUACACCACCUUCAUCUUCGACACCUUCUGUGGCUUCAGUAGUUUCAAAAGGUGGCCUUUCCGCUGGAGUUGCUUCACUUAGCUCUACAAUCAACCCAUGUGGACAUUUAUUCAGAACAGCUGGGGAUCAACCGUUUAACCUGUCCACAGUGUCGAGUGCCUUCCCAAUGGUCAGCCACCCAGUCUUUGGUCUACAUUCAGCCAGCUCAGGGCAUUCAGAAUUUGGUGGUUUGGGGACACUUGGUACACCCACAGCCUUAGCAGCACAUCCCCAACUAGCAUCUUUUCCAGGUGCAGAAUGGUGGCGAACAACAGAUGCUCAUACUCGUACAGGAGCAACCUUCUUUCCACCAUUACUGGGGAUUCCUCCACUAUUUGCUCCCCCAGCCCAGAAUAAUGAUUCUUCUUCAUUCCAUUCAAGGACUUCAGGAAAAAGUAAUCGAAAUGGUCCUGAAAAAGGUGUAAAUGGGUCAAUAAAUGGAAAUAGUACAUCAUCUGUAAUUGGUAUCAAUACAUCUGUACUAUCCACUACUGCUUCAAGUUCCAUGGGACAAACUAAAAGUACAAGCUCAGGUGGAGGAAAUCGAAAAUGUAGCCAGGAACAAAGCAAAAACCAGCCUUUGGAUACUAGAGUUGACAAAAUCAAAGAUAAGAAACCAAGGAAGAAAGCUUUGGAAAGUUCUAGCAACAGUGAGAGUGAUUCAGGCACAUCGUCAGACACCUCAAGUGAAGGCAUGAGUAGUAGUGAUUCAGAUGAUCUAGAAGAAGAUGAAGAGGAAGAAGAUCAAAGUAUUGAAGAGAGUGAAGAUGAUGAUUCUGAUUCAGAGAGUGAAGCACAACAUAAAAGUAACAACCAGGUGCUAUUACAUGGUAUUUCAGACCCAAAAGCAGAUGGACAGAAAGCAACCGAAAAAGCCCAGGAAAAAAGAAUACACCAGCCAUUACCUCUAGCGUCUGAAUCCCAGACUCACUCAUCAUUCCAAUCCCAGCAGAAGCAGCCUCAGGUUUUGUCACAGCAGCUUCCAUUUAUUUUCCAAAGCUCUCAGGCAAAGGAGGAAUCUGUGAACAAACACACCAGUGUAAUACAGUCUACGGGAUUGGUGUCCAAUGUGAAACCUUUAUCUUUGGUAAAUCAAGCCAAAAAGGAAACUUACAUGAAACUCAUAGUUCCUUCUCCUGAUGUUCUUAAAGCAGGGAAUAAAAAUACCUCUGAAGAAUCUAGUUCAUUGACCAGUGAAUUGAGAUCCAAACGGGAACAAUAUAAACAGUCAUUCCCAUCACAAUUAAAGAAACAAGAGUCAUCUAAGAGCCUGAAGAAGGUUAUUGCAGCUUUGUCAAAUCCAAAAGCAACCUCUAGUUCACCAGCACAUCCAAAACAAACAUUAGAAAACAACCACCCGAAUCCAUUCUUGACAAAUGCACUUUUAGGUAAUCACCAACCAAAUGGAGUUAUUCAAAGUGUCAUUCAAGAAGCUCCUCUAGCACUUACUACCAAAACUAAAAUGCAGAGCAAGAUUAACGAGAACAUUAUUGCUGCAAGUAGCACCCCUUUUUCCUCACCUGUAAAUUUGAGUACAAGUGGCAGAAGAACCCCUGGCAAUCAGACACCUGUAAUGCCCUCUGCCUCUCCCAUCCUGCAUAGUCAAGGGAAGGAAAAAGCAAUUAGCGAUAAUGUAAACCCAGUAAAAACACAGCAUCACCCACAUCCUACAAAAUCUUUAGUGGAACAAUUCAGAGGAACAGAUUCAGACAUUCCCAGUAGUAAAGAUUCUGAAGAUUCAAAUGAGGAUGAAGAGGAAGAUGAUGAGGAAGAAGAUGAGGAAGAUGAUGAAGAUGAUGAAUCUGACGACAGCCAAUCAGAAUCAGAUAGUAAUUCAGAAUCAGAUACAGAAGGAUCAGAAGAAGAAGAUGAUGAUGAUAAAGACCAAGAUGAAUCAGAUAGUGAUACUGAAGGAGAGAAAACUUCAAUGAAACUGAAUAAAACAACUUCCUCUGUCAAAAGCCCUUCCAUGAGUCUCACAGCUCACUCAACACCUCGUAACCUCCACAUAGCAAAAGCCCCAGGCUCUGCUCCUGCUGCCUUAUGUUCUGAAUCCCAGUCACCUGCUUUUCUUGGUACAUCUUCUUCCACACUUACUUCAAGCCCACACUCUGGCACUUCCAAAAGAAGAAGAGUAACAGAUGAACGUGAACUGCGUAUUCCAUUGGAAUAUGGCUGGCAGAGAGAGACAAGAAUAAGAAACUUUGGAGGGCGCCUUCAAGGAGAAGUAGCAUAUUAUGCUCCAUGUGGAAAGAAACUUAGGCAGUACCCUGAAGUAAUAAAGUAUCUCAGCAGAAAUGGAAUAAUGGAUAUCUCAAGGGACAAUUUCAGCUUCAGUGCAAAAAUAAGAGUGGGUGACUUCUAUGAAGCCAGAGAUGGACCGCAGGGAAUGCAGUGGUGUCUUUUGAAAGAAGAGGAUGUCAUUCCUCGUAUCAGGGCAAUGGAAGGUCGUAGAGGAAGACCACCAAAUCCAGAUAGACAGCGAGCAAGAGAGGAAUCCAGGAUGAGACGUCGGAAGGGUCGACCUCCAAAUGUUGGCAGUGCUGAAUUCCUAGAUAACACAGAUGCAAAGUUGCUAAGAAAACUGCAAGCUCAAGAAAUAGCCAGGCAAGCAGCACAAAUAAAGCUUUUGAGAAAACUUCAGAAGCAGGAACAGGCUCGGGUUGCUAAAGAAGCCAAAAAGCAGCAAGCAAUAAUGGCUGCUGAGGAGAAGCGAAAGCAAAAAGAACAGAUAAAGAUUAUGAAACAGCAGGAAAAAAUUAAGAGAAUACAGCAAAUCAGAAUGGAAAAAGAACUUCGAGCUCAGCAAAUUCUAGAGGCUAAAAAGAAAAAGAAGGAAGAAGCGGCAAAUGCCAAAUUAUUGGAGGCCGAGAAACGAAUAAAGGAAAAAGAAAUGAGAAGACAACAAGCUGUUCUUCUGAAACAUCAGGAGUUGGAGAGGCAUAGACUAGAUAUGGUAUGGGAACGAGAGCGAAGGCGACAACACAUGAUGCUUAUGAAAGCUAUGGAAGCUCGUAAAAAAGCAGAAGAAAAAGAACGGUUGAAGCAAGAAAAACGUGAUGAGAAAAGAUUAAAUAAAGAGCGUAAACUAGAGCAAAGAAGAUUAGAAUUAGAAAUGGCAAAGGAACUAAAGAAGCCUAAUGAAGACAUGUGCUUAGCAGACCAAAAGCCUUUGCCAGAGUUGCCUCGUAUUCCAGGACUUGUUCUCUCUGGAAGUACAUUUUCAGACUGUCUCAUGGUGGUGCAGUUCUUACGAAACUUUGGUAAAGUUUUGGGCUUUGAUGUGAAUAUUGAUGUUCCAAACCUGAGUGUUCUUCAAGAGGGAUUGCUAAAUAUAGGGGACAGCAUGGGUGAAGUACAAGACUUGCUUGUGAGGCUCCUCUCAGCUGCUGUAUGUGAUCCAGGUCUAAUUACAGGAUACAAGGCUAAAACAGCUCUUGGAGAACAUUUGCUGAAUGUUGGUGUGAAUCGAGACAAUGUUUCCGAGAUUUUACAGAUAUUUAUGGAAGCCCACUGUGGACAAACCGAGCUUACUGAAAGUCUGAAGACCAAAGCUUUUCAGGCUCACACUCCAGCACAGAAAGCCUCAGUCCUGGCUUUCCUGAUCAAUGAACUGGCAUGCAGCAAGAGUGUGGUCAGUGAAAUCGACAAGAACAUUGAUUAUAUGUCAAACUUGAGGAGAGAUAAAUGGGUGGUAGAAGGUAAACUCCGCAAGCUCAGAAUCAUUCAUGCUAAGAAAACAGGCAAAAAAGACACUUCAGGUGGCAUUGAUCUUGGAGAAGAGCAACAUUCCUUAGGCACACCCACUCCAGGACGCAAGCGAAGAAGGAAGGGAGGAGACAGUGAUUAUGAUGAUGAUGAUGACGAUGACAGUGAUGACCAAGGUGAUGAAGAUGAUGAGGACGAAGAAGAUAAAGAAGACAAAAAAGGAAAAAAGCCUGAUAUCUGUGAAGAUGAGGAUGAAGGUGACCAAGCAGCAAGUGUUGAAGAGCUGGAAAAACAGAUUGAAAAACUGAGUAAACAACAGAGUCAGUACAGAAGGAAACUCUUUGAUGCAUCUCACUCAUUACGUUCAAUGAUGUUUGGCCAGGAUCGUUACAGACGCCGGUACUGGAUUCUUCCCCAAUGUGGGGGGGUUUUUGUAGAAGGCAUGGAGAGUGGUGAAGGACUAGAAGAAAUUGCAAAAGAAAGAGAAAAACUAAAAAUGGCAGAAAGUGUCCAGAUCAAAGAAGAAAUGUUUGAGACUUCUGGGGAUACUUUAAAUUGUUCAAAUACAGAUCACUGUGAACAAAAGGAAGAUCUUAAAGAAAAAGAUAACACAAAUCUAUUCCUUCAGAAACCUGGCUCUUUUUCCAAAUUGAGCAAGCUUUUGGAAGUAGCUAAGAUGCCUCCUGAGUCAGACGUUAUGACUCCUAAACCAAAUGUUAGUGCAAAUGGGUGCACAUUGUCUUAUCAGAACAGUGGAAAACAUCCAUUGGGCAGCAUCCAGUCAACAGCAACGCAUAGCAAUGUGGAAAAGGCAGACUCUAAUAAUCUGUCUAACAGUGGUUCAAGUGGUCCAGGGAAGUUCUAUAGUCCUCUCCCCAAUGACCAGUUACUAAAAACGCUGACUGAAAAGAAUAGACAAUGGUUCAGUCUUUUGCCACGAACACCUUGUGAUGACACUUCACUUACUCAUGCUGAUAUGUCAACUGCUUCUUUGGUGACUCCUCAGUCUCAGCCACCAUCGAAGUCACCUUCACCUGCCCCAGCUCCUCUUGGAUCAUCUGCUCAGAACCCUGUUGGCUUAAAUCCAUUUGCUUUAUCACCCCUUCAGGUGAAAGGUGGAGUAUCUAUGAUGGGACUUCAGUUUUGUGGGUGGCCCACUGGUGUGCUUACUUCUAAUAUUCCAUUUACGUCAUCUCUACCUAGUCUAGGCUCAGGGUUAGGGCUAUCAGAAGGAAAUAGUAAUUCAUUCUUGACUUCCAAUGUUGCUUCAAGUAAAAGUGAAUCUCCAGUACCACAGAAUGAAAAGCCCUCUUCAGCUCAACCUGCAGCUGUUGAAGUAGCAAAACCAGUAGAUUUUCCUAGUCCAAAACCUAUUCCAGAAGAAAUGCAGUUUGGUUGGUGGAGAAUUAUUGACCCAGAGGACCUAAAAGCUUUGCUCAAAGUGCUGCAUCUCAGAGGAAUAAGAGAAAAGGCAUUACAAAAACAAAUUCAGAAACAUUUGGAUUAUAUUACUCAAGCCUGCAUCAAGAAUAAGGAUGUUGCUAUUAUUGAACUGAAUGAAAAUGAAGAAAACCAAGUAACUCGAGAUAUUGUGGAGAACUGGUCAGUAGAAGAACAAGCAAUGGAAAUGGAUUUGAGUGUCCUUCAACAGGUAGAAGAUCUAGAAAGAAGAGUUGCAUCAGCAAGUUUACAAGUGAAGGGUUGGAUGUGUCCAGAGCCUGCAUCAGAAAGGGAGGACUUGGUAUAUUUUGAACAUAAGUCAUUUACUAAAUUGUGCAAGGAGCGUGAUGGAGAAUUUACUGGCGAAGAAGAAAACAGUGCACAUGCACUGGAACGGAAGAGUGACAACCCCCUAGAUAUAGCUGUAACCAGGCUGGCUGAUUUGGAGCGGAACAUUGAAAGAAGGUAUCUGAAGAGCCCCUUAAGUACCACCAUUCAGAUCAAACUGGAUAAUGUGGGCACAGUUACUGUCCCUGCUCCUGCACCAUCCAUUAGUGGUGAUGGUGACGGAAUUGAAGAGGAUAUUGCUCCAGGGCUCAGGGUAUGGAGAAGGGCAUUAUCAGAAGCUCGCAGUGCUGCACAGGUAGCUCUGUGCAUUCAGCAAUUACAGAAAUCAAUAGCAUGGGAAAAAUCAAUUAUGAAAGUUUACUGCCAAAUCUGUCGAAAGGGAGAUAAUGAAGAACUGCUUCUUCUUUGUGAUGGUUGUGACAAAGGCUGUCAUACAUACUGCCAUAGACCCAAGAUUACAACAAUCCCAGAUGGAGACUGGUUUUGUCCAGCUUGCAUUGCUAAGGCAAGUGGUCAAACUGUAAAAAUCAAAAAACUUCAUGUCAAAGGAAAAAAGACUAAUGAGUCAAAGAAAGGCAAGAAGGUAACUUUAACAGGAGAUACUGAAGAUGAAGACUCUGCAUCUACAAGUAGUUCUCUAAAAAGAGGAAACAAAGAUCUCAAGAAAAGAAAAAUGGAGGAAAACACUUCUAUUAACUUGUCAAAACAAGAAAGUUUUUCUUCAGUUAAGAAACCUAAAAGAGAUGACUCCAAGGACCUAGCUCUUUGCAGUAUGAUUCUGACUGAAAUGGAAACUCAUGAGGAUGCAUGGCCUUUUCUACUUCCUGUAAACUUGAAACUUGUUCCUGGUUAUAAGAAAGUUAUUAAGAAGCCUAUGGAUUUUUCCACAAUUAGAGAGAAACUAAGUAGUGGACAGUAUCCAAACCUUGAAACCUUUGCUCUAGAUGUCAGGCUUGUUUUUGACAACUGUGAAACAUUUAAUGAAGAUGAUUCUGAUAUAGGCAGAGCUGGCCACAACAUGAGGAAGUAUUUUGAAAAAAAGUGGACAGAUACUUUCAAACCACUAUGUUAUGAGGACGCUCUAGCAGCCCAGCCCUGUGGAGCAGCCAAUAGCUACCACCAACUUACCAGCCCUUUGACUGAGGCACCUUAGAAGUGGAUCCUUCAGCCCAAGUUAAACAUUUGGAUGACCAGAUGCCCAGCCAACAUCUCAACUGAAAUUUCAUGAUCAACCCUGAGCCAGAACCACCCAGCUAAGCCAUUCCUGACUUCUUAACCCAUAGAAGCUAUGAGAUAAUAAAUGUUUAUUGUUGGUUUAAA